AUGUUGACGACAGCAUCCAUCGAGAACUUUCUGGGUACCCAAUUCGACUAUCUGAUCGUCGGUGGCGGCACGGCCGGUCUGGUGCUGGCAGCCCGCCUGAGCGAAGACGAGCAGGUCCAGGUAGGAGUGAUUGAGGCAGGUUCAUCCAAAUUCGAUGACCCCACGAUCGAUACGACUGACGGGUUUGCGGCGGCGUUUCAAAAUCCCGACUACGAUUGGAUGUUCCAAUCCACCCCGCAGACCGGAUCCCAGGGAAGGAUCUUCCAUGUCCCUCGAGGAAAGGCCCUCGGCGGAUCCAGCGCCAUCAACUUCAUGCUGUACUGCCGGCCGGCGGCAGCGGACAUUGAUCAGUGGGCGAGCCUAGGGAAUCACGGCUGGUCGUGGGACCAACUCGCCCCGUACUACCAGAAAAGCAAUCCCAUCCGGGAAGAUGAAAACGAUACGAAGCUUCUCAAAUCGCAGAGGGAUUGUCCGAUUCCCUUGUCCUUGCCCCUCACUCGCCACGUUCUCGAGAACCGCUUGAUCGAUGCAUUCAUGCAGGUCACCACGCUGACCGCGGCGAAACGACCAUGGGACGGCGACAUCAUGGGUUCCUACCGGCUGCUCACGACUCUCACCAACGAUGAGACAGGGGAUGGACAGCCCCGGCGCGCAUACGCCGCCAGCGGCUACUUACGACCAAUUCUCCAUCGCACAAACCUGCACCUCCUCAGCGAGACCAUCGCAUGCAAGGUCCUGCUGGACCGUAGCGCAUCGCCUCCCGUGGCCCGUGGCCUCCAGCUGUGGCACCAGGGGGCCUACCAUGAGGUGAUGGCCCAGCGGGAAAUUAUCAUCGCGGCAGGCAGCGUGAAGAGCCCGCACUUGCUGGAGCUCUCGGGCAUCGGAGAUCCUGCGGUGCUAACCGCCGUGGGGAUUGACUGUAUCCACCCCAUGCCUGAUGUCGGGCAGCAUUUGAGCGACCAUCCCUACACGACGGUCACGUACGCAGUGGCUCCGGGCCACAGCACCACKAACUUCAUGUGUCAAGACCACGACCAGAACGAGCAGUCCGAGUCGAUUGACGCAGCCUCCGCAUUUCGCGGGCCCUGGACUCUCUGUGCCUUUGUGGGCCCAGACGAGGUGAUAUCCGUCCCGCCGACAGAUUCAGAGAAGAAGACAGAGAGAAUGGAGCGCCCCCGUCGGAGCCGCCCAGCCAUCCAGCUGCUUGGCAUGGGGCAAUACUUAGAUCCUGGCGUCACCGGCACCGAUUACAGCCCGGCGAGUGCGGACCGUUACACGUAUAUGGUCAGCGUAACGCAUCCGCGCUCCCGGGGAAGCUGUCAUGUACGCAGCGCGGAUCCCCUGGCAGCGCCGGCUCUUGAUAUUGGAUUGCUGUCGAGCGCCGACGAUGCCGAUAUGCUCGCGGCAGGCGUUCGACUCGCCAACCGGGUCUUCCAAUACGCCGGGUUGUCGCCGAGCAGCCGGCUGGUCCCUCCGCCGGAGAUAGAUGUCGACAACCAGGCACAGGGACGGACGUACGUUCAGGGGGCCAGCAGCAGCUUCCAUCAUCUGGCGGGCACCUGUAGCAUGGGGCGCGUGGUGGACGAGAGGCUCCGCGUGCGCGGCAUCUCCCAAUUGCGAGUGGUGGAUGCCAGCGUGAUGCCGACCCAGAUCAGUGGAAACAUCAUGGCUACAGUGUAUGCUAUUGCAGAACGGGCGGUGGAUUUCAUCCUGGAGGAGAGGGGAUGGAACUUGUCUAUGUCUACUUGCGGUUCCGCUUAA